AUGGCCACUGGACAUUCGGCGACGCGACCCCAGAGGCGUUCCAGAGCCAAAGAUCCAGCCGAUCGGAAGAGGGCAGUCUAUGUUGAAGAAGCUUGUAUCUUCUGCAAGGGCCGCAAGAUCCGAUGUGAUGGAAAGUUGCCAUGUGGACCCUGCCAGCGAAGGUCCUUCGACUGUCGAUACACGAAACCUGUACACGGUGACGCUCCGUCGGCGAGCGAUGCGCCAGCGAGCGUAUCAGGAAGCCCUUCUUCGAGGACGUCCGAUUCUGCUCGACUUUCAGACUUGACGGAUAUCGUGGCCCGUCUGCAGAAGAAGAUUGCCCUUCUGGAACAGGGAGAUUCUGUUUCCGACCACGGAAUCGCCUCGACGAGUCCAAGUCGUGGCCAAGACGUCGUUGAUGUUGAGCAGCCAGCCUCUGCGCCAGGAUCGUCACCGGUCUUUGCGGGCCCGACCAGUGCAGAGUUCAGCUUCGGUGUCGCAAACGUCAUUCUAGAACGAGAAUCUGGCCAGAAGUCGAAACUAAACCCGGAGCUGGCCGUGGCGCCGAGCUCUCGUGAGAACGAGGAUUCAAUACCCCCCGCUCAAGCGGCGCUACCUCUACAUGGUCUUCGAUUGCAUGAUACGCUCCGGCUGAUUCAGGUGUACCGAGAAACGAUUGGCAUUUUGUAUCCCAUUGUCGAAGUUGACGCGAUGACGAGGACAGCCACCUCGGUGCUUUCUCCGGAAGACCCUUUCGGCGACCGGUCCACCACGUUGGAUGUCGCGCAGCUGAAGAUGAUACUGGCGAUUGCACUGCUAGGCGAGGGCGGAGGAUCAAGCCCGUUGGCGAAGAGCCUUCACGAGGACGUCAAGCAGGUCAUCUCGGACCAGACGAUGGCACUGACGUUCACGUUGGAAGGCCAGGCUCUCCUUCUUCUCACGGCAUUCUUCCACAUGAACCGGGACGACUCGAGGUUGGCCUCACGCUACGUGGUGAUUGCGUCGAGGAUCAUGAUUGAAUCUGGCCUCCACCUCAAGCAAAUCCGCCGCCGUCUUUUCCCUCACGCGGCAGAACAUUCGAGGCUUCUCGUGGUGCUCACGACCUGCAUGUAUCUCGAUAGACAACUCAACUUCAACGCCGGCCUGCCCCUGACGCUGAAAGACACAGACGUGGACAUUCCCGAGGAGGAAACGAUGCCGGCGUAUCUGAUGGCCAUGACCUCGUACAUGCGCAUGGGUCCUCGAGCCUGGGCCUCGGUGACAGAUGACCGCGGCAGGCUCAAAUAUCGCAUCAACAGUGAAGACUUCGAAUUCGUCGAGUUCCAAGUGCGCCGGUGGCAAGCCAAUUUGCCCGAGGACCUCCGCAUGGACGAUGGAUCCGAGCUGGCUUUUGCAGAUGCUCUGGACAACGGCACUCGAUCCCUGCGGUUUAUCCUGUACCUCCGAGCCAACCAGUUCAAGAUCGUCAUCAUGCGACCGAUACUGUUCUCGUCACAGACGUUCAAGGCGAACCUCGAACACGUCCGGCAGAUAAUCCACCUCGCGACCGACAACAUCGCGACCAUCUUGACCAUGAACGAGAGGUACGGGCUGUACGAGAAGCGACAACCACUUCUCAACCUGUUCCUCUCCUCUUCACUGUCCACGCUCUUUCUCAUCUGCGUCCAUCUCAUCUCCGACCCGCGGCCCGAGCUCGGCAGAGACGUGCAGGGUGGGAUCGACAGGGGUCUCGAGCUGUUACGACUCUACUCGUAUUGUCGGUCUUCGCAGCGCCUGUCCGACAAGUUCGCGACGCUCUUGCAACGACUGGGCUUUCCAGAGGUGGCACGGUCUCGUGUUGCGAAUGUCCCGCCGCCGCGGCAUACAGACUCGUCGCCCGACGUGGCGGGUGACACGGUCAUGGUGGGAGCCGACUCCUCCUCCACCUCUGCCUCGACGUCCUCGUUUGAAUUCUCGAGCUGGAACUGGUCCAACUUCUUACCCGGUGGGAGUCCAGCCGAAGUCUCCAAUGACGCCUUCCAGUUCACGGCCUCAAACAACCAGGGUUUCCCGUCUUUCUCCUAUCCGGAAUUGAAUCCGAUGCCCAUGAUACCCUACGGCACAGGUCAAUUCAACGACGAUCUGCUCUUGAAUUUUAUCACUGAUUUUUCCUAG